AUGGAUUACGGACGCUUGAUAAAUGGAAUGAGAUGGAGUGCUCACGCCUUUGCUUCUUCGGACUUAAAUACGCCGUCAGUGUCGAUCGAAGACGUUUGCGGCAGUGACGAACAAAGUUCAGUGACUAACAACUAUCUAAUAACUUAUCCGGAUGACGAUAGCGAUUCUUCUUCAUUCAACAAAGAGUCUCGUGGGGAGAGUUUAAACGAACCCUCGAAGCUUAAUCGCUACGUAAACCCGCUUUUCUCCGAAGAAGUUUUAAAAGGAGAGAUAACAGACGACGGGGACGUUGAAGAACUAAUGAAGAAUGAAGCAAAAAAGUUGGAAGAUUAUAAGUUUUGCGAGGCAGUUAACGACUUCGACAUUGAGUUGGAGUCGGGGGAGGCGGUGCCCAUAGUUUACUUAUCCACAUCUCGCGCUGCGAAACUGCAACGCGCGCUUCGUCUGUCCGGACUCAAAAAGGUCAGGAUAAUAUUGCAUAUUGUUUUUAAUAUUUAUUUCACA